AUGUGUGUGCAUCAAUGCAGCCCCAUCCAGGCGCAACACCUGAACCACACCCACCAGAGCAAACAGGGGGAGAGAGGUCGACAUCAUGGGGCCCACUUUAGGCAGCGGAGGGUGAGAGAUAGUGAAAGUUGUUUCAGAUGCCCAGAUGACCAGUGGCCCGAUGAGAAGAAAGUGAAAUGUGUUUACAAAACAUAUGAUUAUCUGUCCUAUGAACAUGAUGUGAUGGCUUUAGUUUUUUCCCUCAAAUCUCUAACGUUCUUAUCCAUGGCUUUAUUUGUAUUAGGAAACUUUAUAUAUUUUUGGGACACUCCAAUUGUGAAAGCCAAUAACCGGACUGUGAGCUUCAUCCUCCUGACCUCCAUCUUGCUAAGCUUCCUCUGCGUCUUCUUGUUCCUCGGACGUCCUGUGGAUAUAACCUGCAUGCUGAGACAAACCUCAUUUGGAAUUUUCUUCUCCGUCGCCGUCUCUUCUGUUUUGGCCAAGACCACUAUUGUUUGUAUUGCAUUUAAAGCCACCAAACCCGGCAGCUACUGGAAAAAACUGGUCACAGUCAAAGUAUCGAAUUCUUUGGUUGUAAUCUGUUCUUCUGUUCAAGUUCUGAUCUGUGUUAUUUGGCUGUCAGUGUCUCCUCCUUAUCAAGAGUAUGACAUGCACUCUUCUCCCAGGAAGAUCAUCAUUCAGUGUAAUGAAGGGUCAGUUAUUGGGUUCUACUCUGUGUUGGGUUAUUUGGGGCUUCUGGCAGCAGUGAGCUUUGUUCUGGCUUUCAUGGUGAGGACAUUACCGGACAGUUUUAAUGAGGCUAAGUACAUCUUCUUCAGCAUGCUGGUGUUCUGCAAACGACUGAAUGACGGAGCCGAAUGCCGAUCUGAGCAGUCGGCAAUUCACUCUCUGCUGAUCGGCUGCUUUGAGUAUAGGGGUGAACAGCAGAUAACGCGCUGCUGA